UCGGCAGAUAGACAGCGAGACGACGUCGUCAAGUACGAGCCCAGCGCACAUCUCCUGGCACCCAUCAGCACGGGUCCGGAUGCCCCCGAUAUGACACAACCAUCAGCGCGGCUAUUUGCCGCUACUUCGGCCACCUUUUCGAGCCUCCCGCGAACGUUCGCCCGCCAGUCUGUCCGCCCUUUCUCUCAAACAUGCCUACGUCGCAAUGCCGAUUCCAUAAGGCCACCGAGGCCAGGCUCCCCAGCAGCCUCGACCACCCCGUCCUCAAGCUCAGGCAUGUCUGAGCUGCAGUCGAUCCUCAGCGCGACGACCACGAGCAACAACUCGCUCGCCAGCGACACAAUGGCCAGGGCGCUCAACCGGGCCCCCUCUUCGUCGGCAUCACAGUCCUCCGAAGACUCGAUCCUGGGCAGCUCGGGCUGGAACCCGGAAUGGGGCCCCAUCACAGAGCCCUUCCACUUCCACAUCUACUCGCACAAGCACAACACGCACGUCACCGUCACCAAGCCCAACCGCGACGCCAUCAUCAGCCUCAGCACGGGCAACCUGGGCUUCAAGAAGUCCAAGCGCGGCGGCUACGACGCCGCCUACCAGCUCGUCGCCCACGUCAUGGACAAGCUCCACCAGGGCAACUGGCACCGCAACAUCCACCAGCUCGAGAUUGUCCUCCGCAGCUUCGGCCAGGGCCGCGAGGCCGCCAUCAAGAUCCUGCUCGGCUCCGAGGGGCGGCUGUUCCGCGACAAGAUUGUCCGUGUCUCGGACGACACUCGCAUCAAGUUUGGUGGUACCAGGAGUCAGAACCCUAGGAGAUUGGGUUAAUGGGGUUUCUUAGAAUACAGAGGUUGGAAGGGCUGGAUUUCUCAACGCGCUGUGGGCCGGUAGGGAAGGAAUCGUCUAAAAACAUUGGCAAGGCCUCGUUGAGGGUUCAUAUGAUGCCAUGGACCAUAUGUGUCAAGCCGGCAGCAUGUAGUAAAAUGUACAAAUACAAGAAGACACGGCGAUCGUCUCGCUGCAUUAAGUCAGA